AUGUUUGUUAAAGACACUAUAAUACCUAGCAGUAUGUCCGGAAACUUAAGCAUUGAAGAAAAUUCUCAAAAAUCAUUUUCUGGAGCUUCAGAUAAUGAAAGUCUUAUAGAAAUAGUGGAUACGCCAUUAACUGCUGACGCUGAGGCUUUAUCACCCUCCACGUCUAUUUCUCAAACCACUUCUACUUCAAAUUAUUAUACCAAACACUCAAUAAAUCCAAAUAUUAAAAAAAGACGUAUGGAAAGAGACAAUACUCAAAAAAUUGCCAUUUUACAAAAAGCACAAGAUGGUGAAAAAAAACCUGAAAAUCCAGACGCACAAUUUCUAUUAAGUCUUUUGCCUUAUUUCAAUGGAUUGCAAGCACUAGAAAAACUGGAACUUAGAAGUGAAAUACAAAAUGCUGUGCUCAACGUUUAUAGAAGAAAAAGCUAUUCAUCUAAUAGUUAUGCAUGUAAUCCAGAAGUAUCACUCAUACAAACCACAUCAUCUCAGCAACCAGUCCAAAGACAAAUUUAUCGGCCAUAUAAUAAUGAAAAAAAUGUAUCUUUACAAACAAGUGAGCAAACCCAAUGGAAUUUGCCGAACAUGAACACAACCAUAGGUGUUGACAUAUUGAGUGGAAAUAUGUCAUUAGAUACUAAUCAACAUUUGUAUAAUGUUAAUAACACACUAGAUUAA